GAAGGGGCAGGAUAAAUUGCGAGGACUAGUUUUCCAUUUAUCAACGUACUACCUGAGAAUGGAAUAUAAAAUCUCAUCGAUGCUGUGAACAAAGCAUCAGUCUUUUGCGGUAACUCAAAACACAGACACACACAUUCCAUAACGUAACCAUGAGAGCGUUUAUAAUUUGUACAACCUUUUUCCUACUGGGACAAUGUCAUGGUGGUUUAUUUUUACACAAGCCUCGUGGAGAGGGUUUUCAAUCGAAAUUCUAUGGCCCUGGUCUUCAGGAAGAGAAUAACAAUUCUCCAAUAAUAAAUGUCAAUAACUACCAAAAUGUCGAUCAACAACAGGCUGCCACGGGUGGUCAUCACAGAAUUCACCACAGCCGUGGUGAUUGGAAUUAUAAUCGUGGUGAUGGCUACUCCCAUCAUCUUUCAAUGAAACAGGAAAGCUAUCAUCAUCAUCGUCCCAAAUUUGGACAACACCACGAUCCCAACAUGUUUGGAAAUUCUAAAAUUGGCCCAUUAUCCUUGCCUAGUUCCUCAGCGGCAGCUGCAUCGUCAGCAGCCACAUCAGCAUUUGGUGGUUCAUCGGCGGCGUCGUCUUCGUCAUCAGUUGCCAGUUCUGGAUUUGGAGGUGGUUCAUCCAGUUCUGCAUCAUCGUCGUCCAGUAGCAGCGGCAGUGGUUAUAGGGAAGAUCCCUACUUUGCCAGACCAUGGCGUUAUUGAUAAGUGUUUGUUUAACAAACAUUAAAAAAAUAAAUCAUUUAUAAAAUACA